AUGGAUUUGGUUGGUGCGGGGGGAUCCUUGGUUACCCUACCACUGGACGGCAUUCUAACAUUCCCUCCCCUAACGACCAACCGACGAGGGCACGACAAAAACCCAUCAACUCGGAUCGAUACCACCAAGCGACCACCACUCCUGCUAGAUACCACCACAAGUAUCCCGACUGAAUAUGCUAUUCUUCAGGCAUAUCUCCCCUCUCCCCUCUCCCCCGAACAAUCCCUAACCCUCGACUAACUCGAUCAACAGCUUCUUCAAAACCCUGGUAGACCACGAAGUGACCAUCGAGCUCAAGAAUGACCUGUCCAUCCGCGGCACUCUCAAGUCCGUCGACCAAUUCCUGAACAUCAAGCUGGACGACAUUAUGGUGCUCGAGGAGGCCAAGUACCCGCACCUGACGGCCGUGCGGAACGUGUUCAUCCGCGGGAGCGUCGUCAGGUACGUGCACUUGCCGGCGGGCGCGGUGGAUACAGCGCUAUUGGAGGAUGCCACGAGGAGAGGUAUGUAUAUAUAUAUUUUUGAAUUUCUUGGGAGGAGGGGGGAAAGAUUGCUGACUGGGGGUUUUUUUUAUAGAGGCUAGUAAUGCGGCAACGGCUAAGGGGAGGUAGAGGCUGUGGAAGUUCUCUCUCUUUUUUUUUUUUUCUUUUUUUUUUGGCGGGGGGGGAAGGUAAUUAAUUGGUGGAUAGGUAGAUGGAUGAACGGAUCAGGGGCAGUCUAGGCUUGGGAAGUCCAGAAUGAUUGAUACCUUGCUAUUAUAUGUUUUCUCCGGAUAGAUAGAUGGGGUGAAUGGGUAGGUUGGUGGGGGGUUUACCCAUUUGGACGAGGCUCGCCAUAUUACGC